AAACAGCUGUUUAACAAAUGUUUUAACCUCGCCAACGUCGCAAAUUCUCGUUCAAGAAACAAAUAUUUGUGUAAAGUCAUAGAUUUUUUUAAUGUAUUUGAAAAUAGUGCUGACUUUGCAAGGAAAAAAUUCAGAAAAUGGCAAAUGGUUGUGCCCACUUGGACUACUACAAAUCAACUACAGGUGUAAAGGCUUAUAGAAUUCUUCAUGCCAUUUUUGUUAUGACUUCUUCAAACCAUGCAAGAAAAGCAAAAUUAAAAAAUAGUUUUUGUCAUGUGUGCAAGAAGAUGGGGCCCUUUUUACAUUCCUGUCUGCAUUGUGUUUUUCUAGGAUGUCACAAACACAUUAGAGAACACACAGAAAACAAAUUAAGACAUUGCCUUUCCAUGGAUCUUUGUUAUGGUCAAGUUCAUUGCUCUCAGUGUAAGGAUUAUGUAUAUGACAAGGAUAUUGAUAAUAUCGGAUUGGAAAACAAAAUAUCAGCAGGUAAAUUUCAUAUAAGAAUGUUUAACUGGGCAACCCGGAACGUUCCUGAAUCUGAUAGAGAAAUUGUUAAUAAACAUGGAACAAAGAUAGACACUAUUUCAUUAGAUUCAACAGUAGGCUUAAGAGGUUUAUUAAAUUUGGGAGCAACCUGCUUCAUGAACUGCAUUAUUCAAGCACUUACUCAUACACCAUUACUCAGAGACUACUUCUUUACUGACAUACAUCAAUGUAAAGAUCUUAGUUCCUGCUUAAUUUCAAGACUGUUCUAUGAAUUUUAUAAUGGAGAAAAAUCACCUCUUUCUUUACAUGAAUUUUUAUAUCACAUAUGGACUAGAGCAGAGCAUUUAGCUGGAUAUGUGCAACAAGAUGCCCAAGAAUUUCUCAUUGCUACCUUGGGUGUUCUUCACCAACAUUUUGAAGAAUCAAUGCCCCCAUCAAUAAACAAAGACAAAAACAAGUUAAGGUGUACUUGCAUAGUAGAUCAAAUAUUCACUGGUACUCUUCAAAGUGAUGUUAUGUGUCAAGAAUGCAAUGGCAUCUCUAGAACUUAUGAUCCAAUAUCUGAUUUCUCUCUAGAUUUGGGCUCCAUGGAAGAGCAACCUCCAACAUCAUUAAUUGAAUGUUUAGAACGCUACACCAGAGCUGAGCACCUAGGAUCAUCUAAAAUUGAAUGCUCUAAUUGCAGAUCCCCCCAGGUCUCUACUAAACAACUAAGUGUUAAAACUUUGCCUGUUGUUGUAACAUUUCAAUUCAAAAGAUUCCUUCACAUUAGAGAAAAGGAGAAGAAGAUCAAAAUCUCUUCAUUUAUUUCAUUUCCUGAAACUUUGGAUAUGACACCAUUUACCAGUCAAGCCAGAAGUCAAACGCCAAGUAUUGUGCCUCCAGACAAUAGAUAUUCCUUGUUUGCUGUUAUUAAUCACGAAGGGAAUUCCGUCAACACUGGUCACUACAUUUGCUUUGUGAGACAGCAACGUAAUUAUUGGUUUAAAUGUGAUGAUCAGAAUAUAAGUAGAGCUAGUCUAGCUGAUGUCCUCAAUUCAGAAGCUUACUUGUUGUUUUAUCAUAAACAUAUUUUAGCUUAUGAUUAAUUUAAGUGUUAGCAUUUGUUUAAAAGUUUAAUUUAGAAAAUCUUCAAUAACUGAGUUCACAAUAUAUUUAUAACUUGUAUUUCACAUGUCCUCCAAAGAUUUAAAGCUAAAAAGCAGCCUUGUAUUAGAUCUUUUUGUAUUAUUAUUUUAAUAAACAUGUUUCUGCAAUUAAUAAAUUAAAGUUUCAAAA